GAAAGAUGUGGCAACCCGGGGGUUGGACAUGGACCACAUGCAGGCCUUUAGAGGGAGGAGGAGAAAUAUUAGACACGCAGAGAGGGCUGAAUGUGUGGGAGCAAGACAUUUGCACAGCAAUUCAAACAUGGGAGCGACCGUGUCACCCACGCGGUGAGCACAUGCGAUAUGCUGCAAUGGGUGAAGUGGUGAAGUGGUCGGAAACGUCAUGUAACUUAUUACGUGAGCCGCUGUGGCCCAUGCUCGAUGGCGUUGGCUGCGGAUUGGGUUGCAAGGGUCCAGUCUGUGGCUGCAGGGCUGCGGCACCAGAAGGCAUGUCAUUGCGCCCCACAGCCCGGGCAGGGGGGCCGGGUGCCCGAGGUGGGGAGCUCUGGAGCUGCUGUCUUAUCGGCGCUGGUUGCCCGGUAGACCAGACUGGGGCGGUCGCAGAAAAGAAAAUAUUGGGUGGAACGCGGCUUCGACCUGCACAGCGGUGGACUCGCAUAACGGGCCUCGGCAGCGAAACGACGUCAACGCAGCACAACCAUCAUACUAGUCACGACGCGCGCCGUGUAUUCACUACAAUCUGCGGAACCAGUCGCUUCGAGAAACUUUGUACGACCCACGCGCCGCCCGUAUCCGACACUCGACAUCGACGACGCAUCUAAUCGUAGCGUGUCGCUAGCGAUGGAUGCCUCUGGAGAGCCAUCGGCGGCCAAGGAUAACCUUUUCAAGGUGUUCCUGCGUCUUCGCCCGCCUUAUGCCGCGUCAGGCGCUGGCGAGAGGUUCCUGGCCGUCGAGGAGCCAGAGUCGGAAUAUGAAGCAGCAACUCCCACGCACGUCACGCUGACGCCUCCGAGCAACGGGCGGAAACAUGCGACGGAGAAGUACUGCUUCACGCGGGUCCUGGAGGAGGAUGCGUCGCAACUGGAUGUGUUCCAGUGCACGGGAGUGCUGCCUCUUGUCGAGGGCGUCCUGGGCCCUCAGGGAGGAGAAGGAACGGACGCGCUGCUCGCCACGCUCGGCGUCACGGGCUCCGGCAAGACACACACGCUGCUUGGUUCGCGAACGCAAAGGGGGAUGACACAGCUCUCCCUGGACGUGCUCUUCCGUUCCAUCGGCCAAAACAUCGCCACCCCAAACGCCUACGCGUCCCUGGAAGCAUCCGUUGCUGCCUCGGACGUGUCCGAAGCUACAAUCCUAGCCGCGCCGGCUUUCAUAGAUACAGUCUUUGCUGACCCACACGGCGCGUCACGGCCCAACUCAAGGGCGCCGACGCCAAUGAAUGGCGAAUCGUCUGCACCGCCUCCGACCUCGAACCGACGACUCCUGCCUCGGCCUACAGCGUUCGCAACCUCUCCCGACGUUGGCUCCAUCAGUGUAGCAUCGGACCCCGCGGCCGAGUAUGUGGUGCUGGUCUCCAUGUACGAGGUUUACAACAAUGCGAUCCACGAUCUCCUCACGCCGCCGAUCAAGUCGGUGGCCACCAAGGAGUACCGACGACGGGCUCUUCUCUUCAAGGCGACGGAGCAGUCGCAAGACCGCAAGGUCGUGGCGGGACUGAAGAAGGUUCUUUGCACCAGCCUCAGCCAGGCACUGAUGGUGCUUGAGGCUGGUAUUCAUGAGCGGAGCGUGGCAGGCACCAGCAGCAACCGCGCCAGCUCCCGGAGCCAUGGUUUCUUCUGUGUUGAGGUGAAGAAGCGAAGGAAGAGCAGGCGGAACGGGCCAGGGGGCGAGCCGACCUGGGGAGGUAGCACGCUCACCAUCGUGGACCUGGCGGGAAGCGAACGGGCGCGCGAUGCCAAAACCACUGGCGUCACGCUGGCUGAGGCCGGCAAGAUCAACGAGAGCCUGAUGUACUUUGGCCAGUGCCUGCAGCUGCAGGCGGCGGCCGGACAAUCUGCCAAGCCGUCUGGUCUAUCUUUUCGGCAUUGCAAGCUCACCGAGAUCCUGUUCUCCAACACGUUUGCCUCGCCGUCUGGGUUUAGCAGAUCUCACGCCUCGCGAAGGGCCCCCCAAAAGGGUGUUUUGAUCGUCAAUGCGGAUCCUCACGGUGACUUUAGCGCAACAUCUCAGAUCCUAAGGUACAGCGCAUUGGCCUGCGAGGUCACGGCACCCCGUAUCCCGUCAAUCACCCAGGCCAUUCUAGCGGCUACAGCUACAAAGGGCGCCGCGCACCAACAGCACCAGGCGAACCAGAGCAUGGCCAACAGCUCGAUGCUCUCGUUGUCGCCUGUCUUGUCUCCUACCUCGCAUCAUCGCCCCUUCUUUGCUCCGAGCGGCUCGUCCGGAUCGGUGCCUCAGUACUACCACAGCAGCGGCAGCCCCAACAUACAGCGGACUUUGUCACCCUCUAUCAACACGGCGUCGUCGGACGAGCGGGCCACUAUGGAGGCGGCGGCGCUCGAGAUCGCGCGGCUAUCGGAGGAGCUCGACUACAUGCGAUCAACCGUCGAGACGGAGCGGUCGCGGCGCGUCGAGGCUGAGUCGCAGCUUCUCUCGCUCGAGGAUAGGCUGCUCGAGUUGGAGCAGGAGAUCCGCGAGGACUGCAUGGUCGAGUUCGAGCAGCGGUUGGUGGUGGAGAUGGCGCGCUGGAAGGCGUCGCUCGAGCUCGAGAAGGAGCGCGGCGAGGAGCACUGGGACCGCAAGGUCGAGGUGCUCGAGCGGCUGCAGGUCGCGUCGCCCGGGGGCGACAGCUACGACGAGCACGACGACAAGGAGAACGUGCUCGUCGAGAACCUCGAGGAGGAGAACGAGCGGCUACGGCGCGAGGUCAUGGUGCUCAAGCGCGAGCUCGCGGGCCGCAGCCCGACCAAGCGCAAGCCGCUCAUGGAGCGCGAGGACCUGGCCACCGAGGACGUCGGGCCCGGCAGCGCCUCCAACUCGCCCAGGGGCGGCAGCGCCGCCGACAGCCUGCAGCGCAAGAUGGAGCGCCUGCGCGUCAGCGACAACGCGGGGCGGGGGAGCUCCGCCUCGUCGUCGAGCCGGAAUGCCAGUGGGAACGUCGGCCACGGCGGCGGCAGUGCCGGCAGCAGCCCCAGGAAGGUGCGCAAGUUGGCGGCGGCCAAGCGCUGGGAGGCGGCCGGCCAGGACGAUGAAAUGUUCUGACGAGGGUGAAUGUCUCGCGUCUUGCUCUUGAUUGGUUUCUUUCCCCCUUUUCUCUCUCUUUCGCCUGUCACCUGGUUCUUUCCGCAGAAUCCGGCAUGUUCACUUCCCUCUCUUGUAAUACUUCUCUUUUUGGCUUGGAUGAUUAUGACAGACUCUGCGGCCCAGGGAGGCCACCCCUUCGUUCGCACCUUUUUUUUCUUUUUGUUGAUACGGGCCUGCUUUCCUUUCGUUGGUGGAUUAUAAGCAGGCGGCCUUUUCUGUUGGCGUAUACCCGUUUGUCAUGUCCUGGCUCGUUCUCCUUGGGAUUUCUAUAUCUUGUCGUAAUACAUGGAUGACUUGAACCCCCGAUCUUUUUCCGACUUGCUCCAUUUCUCAGUUCAACCUUGCCGUUUCUUGAUGGCACAAAUACCUCUUUACACCCUCUCCUUUCCCGCAUCUACUAGCCUGUCCGUGUUUGUCCAUUUGUCUGAUCGCGAGAGACUGACAUGCUCUAGGUGAAAGUAAACAUAGGCUAAUUGUGCAGAGGAAGAAGGCCAGAAUGUAUGUUACAGAAAGGCAAACUGCGUUGGAGCCGCCUAUCCGGUGAUGAUGGUACCACUUUUCAGCUUCUUCCUCCUUCGGCUCAGGUUAUGGAAAGGGAAAACCGUGUUCUGACCCGACAGGCUUACAAAUCCGGAUGAAAACCUUUCCUUCAACAUCAUACGCAUCCCCUUCGUAAGC